UGCUGGCCGCUAUAAGGCCAGCCGGACUGCGACACCGGCCAUCGCCCCGGACCGCUCCCUUCCCUCCCUGCGGCCUCCUGCGCGAGUGAGGCGUCCUUGCUGCCCCCACACUGACCAGUCCCUCUGUCACUAGCUCUUAGUCAUGGCAUGCUCCCUGGAUCAGGCCAUCAGCCUCCUGGUGGCCGUCUUCCACAAGUACUCCUCCAAGGAGGGGGACAAGAACUCCCUGAGCAAGAAGGAGCUGAAGGAGCUGAUCCAGAAUGAGCUCACCAUCGGCCCGAAGCUGCAGGAUGCCCAAAUUGCAAGGCUGAUGGAUGACCUGGACCGGAACAAGGACCAGGAAGUGAACUUUCAGGAAUAUGUCACUUUCCUGGGGGCUUUGGCCUUGAUCUACAAUGACGCCCUCAAAUAAACUGAGAAGUUGAAGAUGCCCUCCAGGAGGCCUGUCCCAGUCAAAGCCAGUGGUGGGUAACUGUACAAUAAAUUUUUUUGGGUCAAAUCUA